AUGGCUUCUCUCAAGACGCUGUGUGCACGAGCAUGCCCAGCCUCAGGCAGGAAGCUGAGAUGGGCUCCGGCAAGCUUUCGUGCUUUCUCUGAAGGGCAGAAAUCAGAACCAACAACGGACACCGGGUUUGUCAGGCGUGCUUCGGAGAAACUCCGGGAGCGGUUGAGAGCAUGGUAUGAUGUCAAAGUCUUGAAGGUGAAGGCCUUCCUCGAAGACCAAGGGUUCAACGUCCCCCCCAACGAUUGCCUCCCUGAUCCCCCCUACUACGAGAAGUUGGCGUUCUGGAGGAAGAAACGCACGUACGCGGAGCACAAGGAGUUGUGGAUGAAAGCCUGGCAGUUGUACAAGGACAGUUGGACUUCUCUCUACGACAAGAAGCCCUUGGGACCGCAGAAAUCGGACGAGGAGAAACGGGCCGAGAUGAAGGAGAUGGUCGACGAAGUGCGGGGGUUGGUGAAGUUUCCCAGCACGGAACAGAUGGCCAAGAACCUCAAGGGGAACAUUGAGGAUCUCGAGGAGGCCACGGGGAUCAAAAGGAAGGAGGUCAUCCCGAAAGCGAAGUCGGUGAGGGCUGGGAAGGAGGAGGGGAGUUGGGAGUUUGAUGACAUUUUGUUGUUCUAG